AUGCUGAGCCUGGCCCAACGUAUCAUCUUCCUGAUAGUUGUGUCUGCCUCGGUGGCCUUCUGGCUCCUGCUGGCCUCCUCCGCCAGGGUGUGGGUACUCCUCACCUCCCGGGCACUCCUUGGUUUCACUUUUGGAGUGGCAAUACCCAUCUCCGUCGCAUACCCUAUCGAGAUUCUCCAUCAAGACAUGCGAGGAGCUCUUUGUACCUUAAUUUUGUUGGCACGACAAUUGGGCAUAUUGCUGGCAUCAGUUGUUGGGAUUUCCAAUCUCAGCUGGCGACAAAUGGGAUUCCUGAAUUCCGGAAUGACGGUCAUUCCCUUCAUUGGCUUCCUGUUCCUGCCAAACUCUCCUCGCUGGCUAGUCACUCGCGGCCGUGUCAGUGAUGCUGAGAAAGCUCUCAUUUUCUUCAGAGGAAAACAUUACGACUUUCAACCAGAACUGAAAGCCAUUGUAGAACAAUCUGAAAAUUCAAGCAGAGGCACAAGUAACUUUUGGCAACAACUACGAAUAAUCAAAGAGCCAUCCGUGUACCGGAUAUUCUGCUUAAUGUUAUUUCUUACUCUUUGUGUAGCUUUCGAUGGGAGCUACUCUCUGACGGCAUACUUAGUGCCCAUCUUCAAGACAAUGAAGACCAGUCUGGAUCCGUACACCUGUUCCAUAAUAUUUAAUGUUAUCAGGCUGGUCGGGACCUUCUUAUCACUGUGUGUAACUGAUCGUCUGGGACGAAGACCACUGAUCAUAGUUUCGUACUGCGUGUGUGCUGUGUGCUUGGCUGCUUGUGGUGGCUGCUUCUACAUACAGGAGUCAGGCAGUGCCUCGGGCCUGGAGUGGCUGCCACUUAGUGCCGUGUUCAUAUUCAAUUUUUUUGUUGGUAGUGGCCAACCAAUCAUUGUUGUGUUAAUCGCAGAACUGAUCCCUUCAUCUUUCCGUGCUAUUGGAUUCUCAGUGAACAAUUCGAUAUUAGCAACAGGGACGUUCGCAGCAUCCAUGAGUUACCCAGUAACAGCAGAGACACUUGGGCAACACGGGGCCUUUUGGGUCUUCAGUGUAGUGUGUGGCAUCCUGGCCCUCGUCAGCGCUCUCACUCUGCCUGAGACGCGGGGUCGUACCCUGGAGGAGAUCUCGGACCAUCGCAGAUGA